UUUCACAAUGUUUCUCCAGACGUGGUCUUCUGCCUUCUGGGAGACUCAAUCGUUCACCACGCUUCCUUCCAAAACUACCUUCAGAAUUGGCCAACCUGGAUGUAGAACAUGUUCUAGCUCUCUGGUUGAUUUGGCCGAUAGUCCAUCCAUAAUGAAUCUUUUAUCCGGAUGAAACGAUCAAUUUCCUAAAUGACAAACUUGGAAUUGGAGAAGAAGAAAUGCUGUGAUCGAUUGUCCAGGGAAAACACAGUGGAUGUUUGUAAUGACCCGGCUCAGAAUGCUUCUCAGAAAACACUAUGUGCCAUUUUCUGCUGCUUUGCUGCUGAUUUUUGUGGGAGCUUCAUGGCCCUGUCCUCCUGCAUGUCGCAUCUGUACUAUCUAUGAAGCGCAAUGUGAGCAUUUCUCUUCACUCCAAGCAGUCUUAGGGGGUUUGUCAAGCUACACAAAGAAGAUACUGCUGAUGAAUGGAAACCUCACGGAGAUCCCUCCUCUGUCCUUUGCGAAAUUCCCUCUCCUCCAUUUCUUGUCGAUUACAAGAAGCCCCGUUUCUUCGUUGUCUGACUUUGCCUUUUUCUCAAUGCACCUCAACGGCCUGAGAAUUUUGAAUCUCAGCAACAACCACCUGUUCAGCUGUGCGAUCGAGCCCAUGGCCUUCACCGGCCUUCCCUUCCUCCAAGAGUUGAUUCUCGCCAACAACAGCUUGGACAUCGUGCGGCGGUUCUGGUUCUUGGAGAUGCCUGCACUCCUCAGGCUCCACCUCGGGGCGAACCAAAUUGCCUACCUUCCUCCUCGGACGUUUCAGAACUUGACCAAACUGAGCGAACUGGUGGUGUCUUCCAAUCUGAUCCAAUAUCUCUCCAUGGACACGUUUUACGGGGUGUCAUUGCUGACCAAGUUGGACUUAUCGAACAACAGGAUCCUCUUCAUCCACCAUGAGGUCUUCCAACCUUUGCAAGCCCUCAGGCAUCUCGUCUUGUUUGGAAACAGGCUGACUGUUCUUCCCAUCCUUCCGAGCUCCAUCAGUUUCCUGUUUCUUCACGAAAACCCAUGGUUGUGCACCUGCGAGCUAUUCAGCUCCAUGGGGCCGUUCCUGGAGAAAAUUCAGUUUCCCGAUGGGGUCACUUGUGAUGGACCUCCAAGCCUUGCUGGUCUGCAGGUGGCCGACUUCAGGUCUGAAGAGUGCUCCUCACCGUCUUUAGCUAAGUCUUCUUCUUCAUCGUCUUUGUCAGCAUUUUCUUCAUCAUCGUCAACAACAACAUCCACACAAGUUGGUUCAACGAUGUUUUGGAACCUGAGCUUUCUCUACGGAUUCCUAGCAGGGAUCUUUACUAGUUUAGUGAUCUGUCUGGUUUUCUGCUGCUGCUGCUUCUGCCGCUAUCGCCAACGUUGGAAUUUCCCCCGCUUUGCAUGUAAGACUGAAAGCAAGGAAACGCACCAGGCCAAGACGGCUCAAUCUCUCUCGAGUGAAAAGAGGCCUUUGGAUUCAAAUCCACAGGCCCUUUGCAGCUUCCCAGUGGUCCAGAAUACGGCAGCGAGUUUGGAUGCAGGUUGUGUGGCGAGACGGUUAUCUUCUGGUGGUCAGGCGGAGCCAAUGGGAUGUCCACCUCCGAAGCCAUUGGUUGCUGUGCUGUCGACGGACGCUGCGGGACAAAGCGUUGUGAGUCUUCAUGAGGACGGAAAAGAAGCAGUGGUCCAGACUAUAUCAGCGAGUUUGGAUUCAGGUUGUGUGGCAAGACAGACAUCUUCUGGUUUUCAGGCGGAGCCAAUGGGAUGUUCAUCUCCGAAGCCAUUGGUUGCUGUGCUGUCGACGGACACUGCGGGACAAAGCGUUGUGUCUCCUCAUGAGGACGCAAAAGAAGCAGUGGUCCAGACUAUAUCAGCAAGUUUGGAUUCAGGUUGUGUGGCAAGACAGACAUCUUCUGGUUUUCAGGCGGAGCCAAUGGGAUGUUCAUCUCCGAAGCCAUUGGUUGCUGUGCUGUCGACGGACACUGCGGGACAAAGCGUUGUGUCUCCUCAUGAGGACGCAAAAGAAGCAGUGGUCCAGACUAUAUCAGCAAGUUUGGAUUCAGGUUGUGUGGCAAGACAGACAUCUUCUGGUUUUCAGGCGGAGCCAAUGGGAUGUCCAUCUCCAAAGCCAUUGGCUGCUGUGCUGUCGAUGGACGCUGCGGGACAAAGCGUUAUGAGUCUUCAUGAGGACGGAAAAGAAGCAGGAUCCCCUGUUUUGGAUCAAUUGUGUUGCCAAGUGUAUGGGGGAGACAACAGAGAGCACGAGGCUACGACAUCCAAAGAAAGAGUAGAUCAUGCCGCAGCACAUAUGAACAGCCAUAGCAGUGAACAGCAAAGUUCAGCUAAGAGAACUCAUGAAUGGUACGACCUCCAUCUUCAGCAGGCUGCUUCCAGCCAGGCGGAGAGGCAAUAUUGUGCCUUGGAGAAAUCAGUCAACAGUCAAGCUUCGCGCCCAGAGAUUCAACCUGGGGUUCUCCAAUGCCCACAAGUUUUGGUCCAUAUCAACGUUCCCAAGGAAAGUGCCCAGAAGAUAGAGAGACACCGAGAUUUUGUAGCCUUGGAGAAACCAGCCAAUGGCCAGUCUUCGCACCGUGAGAUUCAACCUGGAGGACUCCAAUGCUCACAAGUCGUGGUCCAUAUCAAUGUUCCUGAUGAAAGUGCCCAGAAGAUAGAGAGACACCAAGACUGGGUUUAUGAGAGGACAGAGUGUCAUCGAAGCAGACUUCGCUUCCACCCUUCCCGUCGGUGGUCAUCAAAACGGAAGAGGUCUUCAUCCAUUUGGAGACCUAGCCAUCGCCACAUGGCCUGCUUUGUGUCUCCUCGAUCCAAGAAGACCUCUCACAUGAAAGUGUGUCAGAAAGGCUUGCUGGGGAGGAGGCACCCUAAGCACGUGGCAACGUGGAAGAGCGAUCUUUAUGCUGAUAUUUCUUUGUUAGCAAGCAAAGUCAACAUGAUACAAGCAUGGACUUCACUACAUCGCUAUGGUUCUCAUCCACCUAGCACAACACCCUAUGCAUCUUCCAUUUCCAGCAUGUCCAGCCUGAAUGAAGAGAAUUCAUGCCUCAGAGAGAGACACCACAAAUGUCCAAGAUGUGGUUGUGAAAAACCCAGUGCACGUUUAAUACCUCAGGGAACCUGGGUUCCAUGGGACACUGCCCCCAGGACCUCCAAAUGGCCACUAGAUGUGGCCAGCCAACAGUCCUCCACAGAUACAAUUCAUCGGAAAGAUCGCGAAAUGGCACUCGCUUGCCUCGGCUUGGAUGAGAACACAGAGAAGUCGCCGUUGCAAGAACUUGAGGCUGAAUCCACGUACAAAAAAGUUUCUCUUCUCAUGAUCUCUACAACGCAACCGCCUCUGAACAAUGAGGACGAGAGGAUGGCCAUCCUGGAGACGGGAGAAACCAGGAGUCUUGGUGAUCACCACCCCGUGGACACCUCCUCCUCAAGAAGCACAAUCUCAGGGGGAGAAAUCCAAGAUGCUGAAGGAUCUGUGGACACAAAUUCCUUUGACCAACCCUUGAGAGAAGGCGCAAAGGCCCCGCCGCCCAGUGAGGACUCUGAUGUGACGCUUUCUGAAUCCUGCUAUGACUUUUCCAAGAGCCACCUAUUCAGGAUAGAGGCCCAUCUGUCCAUGAAGGAGACAUCCAUCUCCAGCAAAAGUCACAGAGAAAUGCUUGAGUCUGAUCUUCAGGGAGAUGGCUGUGAAGAGAUCAACGCCGCCACCACAACGACAACGACCUCCUGGCGCCCUGAAGUCCAGAAAAUUCAGAUCAAGUUGCCAGAUAGAAGAGGAAAAAUCAAGCAACGGACAAGAAAGCACUAGCUGGAUUGCUAGGGCAGAAAUAGUUGACAUCAAGGAGACCAACUGUUGACCAACUUUGGUCAUCCUCUCCAGUUGGAAGCUAAUCUGCUAGAAUGGCUGCCAACCCACUCUUUUGUCAGUUAUGUAUCCUGUAAGCAGGACCCCUUUGUGUCUGAUUUUGCCGGAGAAAACAACUACCUCCCAUCCACCACAAGCCAGUUGCAUUGAAUACUUAUCAAGACAGCACCCUCUCACCCAAAUACCAAUCAUUCCCCAGGCUACUUAUGUUGCGCAUGGAUUUCCUUCUUGGUUUGAGACUCUUUCCUCUGACCAACACCAAAUGAAGACAUUUUUCACAAAUCGCGGCACCUUUUUAAUCUUUUCCACCCACCCAUCCCUCCAAAAAUGGAAAAAAAAGUUUUAAAACCAAGACUUGUACAAAUCGUCCUGUCUUCAAAGGGAUUAGGGUCUCAUUUGUUCCCAGCUUUUGCCACUGGCGAUUCUUCUGGGAGAUGCAGAGCCAUGCUCUGGAUCUCCGACCGGUCUCGAUGCCAGAAGGGUGAAGUGGAAGUCAAGGGCCCAACCAAUUUGUCUCAAUCAGUUCUGUUUUUUCUCUCCUAAAACGUAUUUAUAUAUAUGACACGGAGUUCAUCGUAACAGUCCCCAUAGAAAACGGUUCCGUCCCUGCAGCGCCGAAGUCUGUUGUUAAUUCCAUGCAUGGAGAAGGGAAGGCGUUUACGACCCGUGCAAAAAGGAAGGAAGGGCUCAGAGUUGCGUCUCGUCUCUCGUUUCAGGGCUACAAGGGUCCGGUUUGUGGCCGCAACUGCUCUUUCGACUGUGAGUCUCGUUUUCCACGUGGGCUAAGGGGUCCGGCCGUAUCAAGUACCUGGACAGAAGCAGAAACAUCGUAUCAAUAAUACAUGUGGUUGCUUUCUGGGCAUUUUGUGGUCCAACAAAUCCUCCUGGAAUGGAUGGUGGUGGUGAAAACUUUAAAACGACAUCCUACUAACUGACAAAAUGAAAGAACCACCAUUCGUUGCCUCGCCACAAUAAAACACCAACCCAGAUUAUGUGCAACUUUAUGAAUUCUUAGCUAUGUUUCAGAAGCACAAUAACAUGUUGUUAUUAGUGAAUUGUCAGGAUUUGUGUAUCCAGCUCUUGGCAAGAGUGUUCCAAUGUGCACCAGGCUCUUCUGCUGAGCAUCAGACACCUCUGGUGCACACUGGGUGCUCAUACACUUUCCCAGAUUACUACAAGGAUUUAAUGGGGACCAAUCUUGGACUUCAACAAAAAGGGUCCCCUAGUCUUGUCCAUCAGGGUGAAGAUAUUUUGGGAUGCCGUUCCCAUCAACCACAGCCAGUGCCAUCUGUCAUAGAGUCCAUUUAGACUCCAAUCAGAAAACAAAGGAGCAUAAUAAAGCCACCUUGAUGUUU